AUGGAGGUGAAGAAUUCAAAAUCCAAAAAGGAAAACGCGGAAUACAGUGACUCAACGGUCGUGAAAAAAAUGAAACAGGGGAUGAGCUACACGGGUAAAGAAAAGACUAUAAUAUUGAACGUUUUUAAAUACUUUAAAGCGGAAUAUUCGGAUUUGUGUGUGACUGAAAUCGUGAGAAGAACUGCUAAAGCUACGGGGUGCAGUGAGAAGAGUAUUUUUAUGUUUAGAAAGGAGGAGAAGACGGGGUUUAAGGAGCCGAGUAAAACUAAGGUUAGGAAGAAUAUUAACAUUAACAGUCGUUACAUUAAAUAUGAUGAUAAUGUUCGUCAAGCUAUAAGGACGAUUAUUUAUGAUUUAAAGUAUAAAAAUGUUGUGCCUAGUUUGAGUACAAUUUUAAAGAGUAUUAAUGGUGAUGAGAGUUUGCCGAAUUUCUCUAUAAUGACUCUACGAAGGUUACUAUUUGAUAUGGGUUUUUAUUAUGAGAAAGAUGGUAGGAAAUCUAUUUUAGUUGAGAAAAACGGCCCAAAACCACCGGAAAUGCCGGUAGAAGAACCUUACAACCCCCCUGCAGUCGAAAACAACCAAAUACCUCAAAAUAAUGCAAUAAAUAUACCUCAACCGUUAAACUAUAUUGAACACCAGAAUCGCUGGGGAUUACCUGAACAUGAACAUCAUCAUAUGGGUGUGAUGAUGCCAAACCAUGGUAUACAACCUGUACACCAUCUUCAACCAAACAUGCCGCUGAGGCCCCACAACUACCAUUUAAUGCAACCAGCUGGAAUUUAUUCUUGA